CCUGGUCCCAUGGCUUAUGGCACAAGAGGUUGAGACAAGUAGUUCCAAGAAAGCGUAGUGGAGAAAAGCAAGCUGCUCAGUAUCCCAGCAAUAUGAGCAUAUGCCAAUGAACUUGGGAUGAUGAAGCUGUCUUUUUCCUCACGAUGUCAUCCUGAGGGUCUAGGACAUGUCGGCGCUGCCUGGCCCAGUUGCGUUGAGCCGAAGAAACCCGAAACCUGCCAAACAUGUCGGGGAGACGGUCAUGGCGUAAGGACCGCCAUGAGAGCCAACGCAGGGACCAUGGUCCGAAGGGUCCUGUCGCUGCAGAAGGAUGGGUCGCAGGCAAAGUGGAGAGAUUUCAGGGUCCAUACAAGUUCUUGUCGAACUUCUUCUGGUCCGAGCUGGACUUUCAGGGCUUGAGAUAUCCAUCUGUGGAGCAUGCCUUCCAGGCAGCCAAGCUCGUGGAGAACCAGCAGCGUGUCGCUUAUGGCUUCACCAGUCCUAGUUUGAGCUUCGGGGAAGCGAAGCGCUUAGGGCGCCAGGUGGCUCUGCGGAAAGACUGGAAGGAGAUCCGGGAAGAGGUCAUGGCUGAGUGCCUCUUGGCGAAGUUCGAAAACCCUGACCUACGGAAACAGUUACUUUCAACUGGAGAUCGAGAGCUGGUGGAUGGACACUCAGGCAGUCCAGAUCUCAUUUGGGGUUAUCACAUCCCUUCCAAGAAGGGGGAAAAUCGUUUGGGCAUCCUACUCAUGGAACUGAGAUCCAAACUGAGCCGACCUUUGGUGCAGUCCAAGACCAAGCCGCCCUCGACGGCUUCGGAGCAGACCGUGGCAUUGUUCCAUUUGGAUUGGCCGGUGAAAUGCCUGCAUGACGGCUUGCCGGCGCCGUACGCCGCCUGCAUCCAACGGAUCGCCACGGAGGCCAGCUUGGCCGGAUCUUGCGUGGUGCUUCCACGCAGGAAGAUUUGCAUCGCCCUGUGUGGCCAACUGCGCGACCUCGAUGCCUGGGAGCAGCGCCUCCGCAGCGAACACGUUGACGUGAACCGCCGCGGCCGGCCCUGUCGUGAACGCAUGCUGGUGCAACUGCUGCGCUCCGGUUCGAAGGGUGGGCCUCCGGAAGGGAGUGAGACAGGUGGGCGGUCCUCGGACAACUUCACCCAGGAGGAGGUUCAGGAUUGGCCUUCACUCUGUAAAUCCUUAGCUUCUGCUUUGGGACUUGCAACCUCCAUAGUCUCAGAUGCUCUGGGUCCAGAGGUUCCAGAACUACCCUGUGGUCCGGUGCAGUAUGUGGAUGGCCGCCGUGCCGUGUGGCUGGACGGCCACCGCUAUGCGCUUUGCUUGAACGAAGGUUUGGUGAACGAGAUGCCCGAGGCCCUGCUGGGCCGUGUCGAGGCACAAGUGCCGCUGGGCCAGGGAGAAGAGACUGCGCUCGGCGUUCCGUCGCAGAAGCCCAGCAUCUUCGGAGGAAAGUUUGCGCGAGCACUUCGGGGUUUGCUGCGAGAGGAGGAGUGUCAAAGAUUGAUCGAGCUUUCGGAGAAGGAGGGUUAUGGCCUCGCAGGUUCCAGGGGCUUCAACCCGUUCACUCGCUUUGCCCAACGUUGCCUGCUCGAUGCGCCCCUGGUGGCGGAAGCUCUGACGUGGCGUUUGUGGCAGCUGCUACCCCAGGAGUAUCCGCCCUCAUCCGGGCAACGGCUCCUGGGGGUGAACAAGCGCUUGCGCUUCUUGAAGUACGGGCCAGGGAUGCACCACGCUGAUCACACGGACUGUGCGCAUGAGGAUGAGCAGAGCAGAAGUUUUCUUACGGUCCAGUUGUACCUGAACUCAGGCUUUGGAGGGGGUCGGACCACCUUUAUCUCCGACGGACUGGUGCCAAUCGAGCCAACGACGGGUGGUGCGAUCGUGUUUGAUCACGAACUCUACCAUCGUGGAGGCAUGGUGACAUCUGGAUUGAAGUAUGCACUUCGAAUGGACGUGUCCUAUGAGAAGGUUCAGGGGAAGUCAAUCUGGCAGCAAGUUCCCCAGGACCACGCCGCGGACGAGCGACGCAAGAGCAGGUGGGGUCGCAAAUAAAAGUGAAGAACAUGAAGCACGAGAUUUGAUAGUCCAUCCAUUUUACAGUUUUUGCCUUACAAUCCAUGCAAGUAUUUUAUCGUCCACUUUAAACUGGCAUCUGCCUUACAGUAUUUGUAGUCCACUCCAAGUCCAAGACUUGACAUCGGAUUUUCCGGCCGUUGGGCCGCCCAGUUUUCGUGCUCUGAUGCCAUGGCCGCCAUGGCCCAGACAGGGGCCCUGUCUGCUUGUGUGGUAGCUGACACAGAAACGGACUCAUAGACCGGAUGCCUGUUCCGGUCUGUUCCGCCUGCAAUAGGAGUAAC